CGGCCGCUCCCGCCCCGCCCCACAAGCGCCGUGGGGCCGGAGCCGGGGUCAGAGCCGGCACUUGUGGGGCAGGGGCCACUUGUGGGGCAGGAGCCACUUGUGGGGCAGGAGCCACUUGUGGGGCAGGGCCGAGGACAUGGCGCCCCCCAGCGCCCCCCACCUCCCAUUGAUGCUGCUCCUGCUCCUGGCCCCAUAUGGGACCCAUGGAUGUGACCAGACCCAUAGAGAGGGGGACACUGUGAACUUCGAGCAGCUAGGCUGCGGCCGCCCCAUAGCGCCCCCUGGCGGCUCGGGCGUACGUAACGUGGGCGGGGAGGACGCAGCGCCGGGGGCGUGGCCUUGGACGGGGGCGUUGCUACGUCGGGGGGGUCACGUGUGCGGCGCCUCCCUCGUGACCCCCGAGUGGGUCCUGACGGCUGCGCAUUGCUUCCAGGAGAGCCGCGACCCCCGCCUGUACUCGGUGCUGUUGGGCUCCCCAUGGCUGCCCCCCCCCCACCGGGGCCUGGUGGUGCCAGUGGCUCAGGUCAUGGCACCCAUAGAGACCCAUCCUUAUUGUCUCCCAUUACCCUGCAGGAGCCGCGACCCCCGCCUGUACUCGGUGCUGUUGGGCUCCCCAUGGCUGCCCCCCCCCCACCAGGGCCUGGUGGUGCCAGUGGCUCAGGUUAUGGCACAUCCUGGUUACCGUGGAGAGGCCACGAGCGGUGACAUUGCCCUGGCCAGGCUGGCGAGGCCAGUGCCCCUCACCCCCCGUGUGCUGCCUGUCUGCCUGCCCCCCCCCGGGCACCCCUUCCCCCCCCCCGGCACCCGCUGCGUCACUACGGGCUGGGGGGAGAGCGGGGAUGGAGGUAAGGGGGUAUCAAUGGGUAUCAAUGGGGAUCAAUGGGUGCCCCUGACCCCCCGUGUGCUGCCUGUCUGCCUGCCCCCCCCCGGGCACCCCUUCCCCCCCCCCGGCACCCGCUGCGUCACCACGGGCUGGGGGGAGAGCGGGGAUGGAGAGUCCCCCCGGCGGCUGCAGGAGCUGGAGGUGCCGGUGCUGGCGCUCAGCACCUGCAGGCGUCUCUAUGGUAUCGAUAUGGGGCAGGCGCUGCCCCCAAGGCACAUACAGGAGGACAUGAUCUGUGCUGGGUACCCCGAGGGGCGACGGGACACGUGCAAGGGUGACUCUGGGGGUCCCCUUGUCUGCCUGUCUGGGGGUCGCUGGGUCCUGGCCGGGAUCGUCAGCUGGGGGGAGGGGUGCGCGGUCCCCAACCGCCCUGGGGUCUACACCCGCGUGACCUCCUACGCCCUCUGGAUCCGGUCACGUGCUCCGGGCGUCACCUUCGUGGCCACGCCCCCCCCGCCGGCCGCGGCCAAUGGGGGCGCGGGGGGCGGGGCCUGGGGGGGCGGGGCCUGGGGGGGCGUGGUCCUCGUGGUGGCGCUGGGGGUCGUGGGGGGGCAAUGGAGGCCUUAA